AUGGUAUUAGAAAAUUCCUCUUCAGUGAAAGAAUUUAUCCUGCUGGGCUUGACACAGCAACCAGAGCUCCAAAUGCCUCUCUUUUUCCUGUUCUUGGGAAUCUACAUUGUAUCCAUGGUGGGGAACCUGGGCUUGACUGUUCUGAUUGUUUUGAAUCCUCACCUGCACAACCCCAUGUACUACUUUCUCUUCAACCUUUCCUUCACAGAUCUCUGCUACUCCACUGUCAUAACCCCCAGAAUGCUGGUGGGUUUUGUGAAGCAGAACACCAUCUCUCAUGCUGAGUGCAUGACUCAACACUUUUUCUUUUGCUUCUUUGUUAUUGAUGAAUGCUACAUUUUGACAGCAGUGGCCUAUGACAGAUAUGCUGCCAUCUGUAAGCCUCUACUUUACCAAGUUACCAUGUCUCAUCAGGUUUGCCUGCUGAUGACAGUUGGGGUGUAUGUGAUGGGAUUUUUGGAAGCCAUUGCACACACUGGUAGUAUGGUAAGCCUGACCUUCUGUGAUGGCAACAUUAUUAAUCACUAUGCAUGUGACAUACUUCCUCUCCUCAAACUCUCCUGCACAAGCACCACCAUCAAUGAGUUGGUGGUUUUCAUUGUUGUGGGUGUCAAUGUCAUAGUUCCCACCCUGACAAUCUUUAUUUCUUACACCUUGAUCCUUUCCAACAUCCUCAGCAUCCAUUCUGCAGAAGGUAGGUCAAAAGCCUUCAGUACCUGUGGCUCCCAUGUGAUUGCUGUUUCACUUUUCUUUGGAGCUGCAGCCUUCAUGUAUCUUAAGCCUUCUAGUGCAUCUGAGGAUGAUGAUAAAGUAUCUACUAUCUUUUAUACCAUUGUGGGCCCAAUGCUGAAUCCUUUCAUCUACAGUCUAAGGAAUAAGGAUGUCUACCUUGCACUUAGAAAAACUUUGAUGAAAAGGAGUUUUACCUAA